AUGGUGGACGCACUUGCUCCUGUAACUCAAGGCAGAAAGCGGAACCAAACAGACAUGCUGGGCCUACACAACCAAAUUAUGACUAAUCUAGAGGCAGCUUUUGAUCACCUUUGGGCAACCCUACAGGAAUGCACAAAGCUACUGGACAAAGCAUCUUCCCCCGGGCAACACAAAGAGUGCCCUGUGAAGCACCUCAUGUGCGAAUCACCACCAAAGGCUGUACCCAUUCUUACCUUUGGCCUCCCUGGUUAUGACCCCAAUGCACCAACCACACAAGCGGAGGGCUACAAGACACAAGCGACAACAUAUUUGUCAAAACGAUUGACAAAAAACAAAACAAAGUCCACCACCA